AUGGUUUUCAAACCAUUCACCCACCUCGCGCGCCAGAGUCUCACCAAAGCCUUUACUCACGGCUAUGCUCAAUCCGUAGUCGCCGCGUCGCAGACCUACGCGUCGACAGCCCCCUUCAACCCGCUCGUCGCUCAACCAGCCAAAUUCUCCCGAACAGUCCAAUUACAGAAUGCAUUCUCCAACGCGUCUAGUUCGUCUAAUGCUGGCGCGAAGGCCAGCCAGGGAGGAUCUGGAAAUGGGGACGUUGGUCUAGCCGCUUAUUAUGCUGCCUGGCAGAAGGCCCAACAGACUGGCGAUGACAGCGAUUGGGCUCAGUUCGAGUUCAAGCGCCGCAUUGGAUGGAAGCCAUCGACCGGGGAGGCUGAGAAUGUCCCCGAGGAUCGGGCUGCGUCCGAUUCGGUUACGCCCCAUCCUACCAAGGCUGCUAUGAACGAAGAUGUCAGUGCCCAGGUGGAGGAAGCUGUGGCCCGUGAAAUCCAGAUUCAGGAGGAGAAGGCACAGGCUGAGGAGGCCGCGUUGAGUGCCGAGGCGACUGUGGAACCUGCUCUCGAGGAUGUUGCCGUCGCACAAGAGGUCUCCGAGGCUACCAAGAUUGCCUCGGAUCGCAUUGUGCAACUGGCAACUUCCGACAGUUUUGCGGAGAUCCCCGCGGCCUUUGAAUCCCUCCUUAGAGACGGACUCACUCCAACCGUUGAGGCCUACAAUGCCUUGCUGGCCGCAGCCAUCCGUCUUCACUCCGAUGCAGCUCAGGCUGUCCCGAAAGCGCUCGAUGUCUACUCCGAUAUGCUUCGCCGAAGGGUAAUUCCCGACGAAGAAACUUAUGAGACUCUUGUUCAGCUUUUGGUUACCCGUACCCACGACAUCAUCAAGGCCAAGGAGGCAUUGGAGCAGGAACGCGUUCGAUUCGGUGGUAUGGAAGAGCCUGGCAAAUUCAUGCUCCAGUCGAGUGAAUUGGAGCGGGAUCUUCUCGCCGAGGAUACUUCCCUGUCCAUUGCCGUCAAGCUCUUUGAUACCGCCACCGCACGACACAGCCAGCACGUAUUUCCGCUUGACCUGUACCGUCACCUUAUCAUUGCCUGUGCCAAGGAAGGUAAGGUGGAGGACAUGAUCCGGAUUUACGCACACAUGGAAUCGCAGAAGAUGACUCCGCAUGCCACUAUUUUCCCGUCCAUGAUCACCGCAUUCGCUUCCACUGGUGAUCUCCGCAGCGCAGUUGAAUGCUACAAUGAGUACCGAGGGCUCGCUGUCUCUGACGAUACCGGUGUUUUCAGCAUUGUUACACGUCAGGAUGGUCAAGUCUAUGCUGCUCUGAUCCGUGCUUACCUCUCCUGUGGCAAAGAGGAGGGCGCCAUGCAGUUCCUUGAGCGGAUUCGCUCUUCUUUCAACGAUGUGACCGAGGCCCGCGAGGAUCGCCUGUCCGCAGUUGAAGCUUUGAUCAUUGAGGAAGCACUCGUGCAACACUCGCUCAACAUCGGUGAUCACAGUAAGGGAUUGGAACAGGCUAAAUCGGAGUUGUCUGGCGAAGUCCGGGAUCAGGCCAUAUCUCGCAUUUGCAUUGCCGCGGCUGACGCAGGCGAUCUUCCCACUGCUUCUGCAGCAUACGAUAGUCUGCCUACCGCACCGGCUAUACGACAGAACCCGGCUGUCUCUCUGAUGGCCCUUCACAUUCGCCAGGGCAAUGUCUCGGCUGCGCGUGCUUUGUGGAACAUGCUCAACGUGGUAGGUCAGGCAACCCCGGAUCUGGUUCAGCCGACAGCCAUGUAUGCCGUCGCUCUGCUCAAGAGCGGAAACGUCGAGGAGGGUCUUCACCAGGCCCGCAACAUGUUCUCGCGCAUUCGCAAGGCUGCUAUGGAUAAGCCCGCUACCGUUCCCUACCCUGUCCGAGAACAGAUUACCGAGUCGCUUCAUCUCUUUGGUCGCGUCCUCAUGGAGUCCGCCGCUGUUCUCUCCCCUCAAUCAUCGAUGACCUUGCUCUGGUCCAUGGUUGAGAACGGUGGUCUAGUGUCUCCUCUGGCCGAACACGCUGUCGCUAACCUUGGUCCCAUGGGUAUCUCCCAGCUCAAGCCUGUCGAUCUCACCCUCGCACUCCAAGUCCAGGCUGGCAUGCUAGUCAGUGGCAGUUCCAUGCUCUUCGAUGUGGCCCACCAUGUUCGCUUCGCACACAUGCUCGAGGUUGCUCUGUCUUCUGCCCUCCCCAUGGAUCUCUACACCACCGGUCUGGUCGACCAAGCUGUUGCCAAGCUUUUUGUCAGCCGUCCUGAUGUCGUCAAGAAGUGGCAGGAUCAUCUGGAGGCGAACUCUCAGGUCUCCGCAUCACCCUCUCAGGUCUUCUUGUCUUCGGAUCGCCAGAGUCCCGUCUCCAUGGCGGAGACCUCGAUCACGGCUCCUUCUGUGGGCCCGGAAUCGUUUGAUCCUUACGCUCAUGCGACUGACUUCCGCGGGUCUGCCAUCAUUGCCGAGGAGCUUGAGAAGACCAGCGGACGUACCGAGACUCACCUCAACGAGGCUUUGACUCGUCUCAACAACAUGCGUCGCAUUGGUCGCCACCCGCGGUACGUCACUUACGCCAAACUGAUCACCGCCGCUGCCAAGGCUGGUCGCAUGUCACUGGCCCACGACAUUCACCGCAUGGCACGAACUGAUGUUCCUCUCGAUAUGAACUUCAGCGUCGUCAAAUACGGCUGGGUUUCUAUUCUGGACGCGAUGGUCGCUGCUUGUCUCACCCUCGGCGACCGUCAGCUAGCUGCCCAGUACCACCAGGAGCUUCUUACUCUCGGUUCUGCGCCCUCCGCCAACACUUUCGGUUUGUACAUCACCACAUUGAAGGAGUCUACCAAGACUUUCGACGAGGCCAGUGAGGCUCUCAAGGUCUUCCACCGUGCGAUCGCUGAAGGAGUUGAGCCCACUUCCUUCCUGUACAACGCACUGAUCGGCAAGCUCGGCAAGGCUCGCCGCAUUGACGACUGCCUUGCAUACUUCGCCGAGAUGCGUGCCAACAACGUGCGCCCGACAAGUGUCACCUACGGAACCAUCGUGAACGCUCUCUGCCGUGUAAGCGAUGAGCGCUUCGCCGAGGAGAUGUUCGAAGAGAUGGAAUCCAUGCCCAACUACAAGCCUCGUGCUGCCCCUUACAACUCCAUGAUCCAGUACUUCCUGAACACCAAGCGUGACAUCCGCAAGGUCCUGUCCUACUACGAGCGAAUGCAGACACGCAACAUCCAGCCCACCUUGCACACUUACAAGCUUCUCAUCGACGCGCACGCCUCGCUCGAGCCCGUGAACAUGGCCGCCGCCGAGGCCGUCCUGGAGUCCAUGAAGGCCGCAGGCCAACACCCGGAUGCCGUCCACUACGCCUCGCUCGUACAUGCCAAGGGCUGCGUCCUGCACGAUCUCGAAGGUGCACGCAAGAUCUUCGACACCGUGAUCUCCGACCGCCGCGUGCGCCUCCAGCCAUGUCUCUACCAAGCCCUGUUCGAGUCCAUGGUUGCCAAUCACCGCGUUGCGGACACCGAAGAGGUCGUCCAGAACAUGCACGCGCAUAAUAUUGAGAUGACCGCCUACAUUGCCAACACGCUCAUCCACGGCUGGGCGGCUGAGGGCAACGUGUCCAAGGCCAAGGCUAUCUACGAUAGCAUCGGCAUUCAAAAGCGUGAGCCGAGCACAUACGAGGCUAUGACCCGCGCUUUCCUGGGUGCGGAUGAUCGUGUCAGCGCUGCUCGCAUCGUCCAGGAGAUGAUGUCUCGCGGAUACCCUCCUGCGGUGGCUGGCAAGAUUCACGAUCUUGUCGGGAGUUCUGCCAACCUUUAA